GAAUCUUACUUUAUAGACAUCUCAAGCAUACUCUUACACAGUUGGGGCUUCUAUAUAUGGGCUUCCAUAUCAAAGAUAAAACUCAAGAUUAAGAAUUCAGAAUACUUUUGAGGAACCCCUACCGCCUACGAUACCUCUCCACGAGCUUCCGUGGACAGAGUUGAAAGCAGCAGGGAAAUGAUCAAUCCACCGACCAUCACCAAAUCAGAAGCUCAUGAUGAUCAUCAAGAUCACGAGUGCUUUGACGACGGUUCCCUCACCAAACUCCUCGCGUCGCUUCCCAAAGAGAAGGGAUGGUCUAGUCCUCAUCUCUAUCUUUACAAUGGCUUUUGGUGCCCCCCGGCUCAUCUACCGGGAAUUAUUUCUGCCAACCGACACUUCGAAGCCCAGGACACUGACAUUAUACUCUCCACCCUCCCCAAAUCAGGCACCACCUGGUUGAAAGCCUUGGUGUUCGCCAUCACCAGACGACAGCACUAUGCACUUUCCCAACACCCCCUCCUCACUUCCAACCCCCACGACCUCGUGCCUUUUCUCCAUAAUGUCAGCCUUCUCAAUGAUGACCUCCCCAGCUUCCAACCGCCACGGCUGUUUUCUACCCAUCUCCAGUAUUGUUCGCUACACGAGUCAAUCAAGAGCUCUGGAUGUCGCAUUGUUCAUCUUUGUCGCAAUCCCCAUGACACCUUCAUUUCCGGCUGGCACUUCUUCAAAAAGGCCAGGCCCGACGACCUGGGGCCUUUGUCGUUAGAGGAAGCUUUCGACAUGUAUUGUAGGGGUGUUUUUGGUUAUGGGCCCUUUUGGGACCAUGUGUCGGGGUACUGGAAGGAGAGCUUGGAGAGGCCCGACAAGGUGUUGUUUCUGAAGUACGAGGACUUGAAACGCGAUACCCUCGUUCAUGUGAAGACGUUAGCGGCGUUUAUGGGUGUUCCGUUCUCUGCUGAAGAGGAGAGGGAAGGCGUUAUGAAAGAGAUAUCGAGGUUGUGUAGCUUUAGCAAUCUCAAGGAGUUGGAGGUGAACAAGACCGGAAGAUCUACUCCGUUUGUUGAGAAUAAGGCCUUUUUCAGGAGAGGUGAAGUUGGUGAUUCGGUCAAUCAUUUGACACCUGAGAUGGUGGAACGUCUAAACAAGGUGAUUAAAGAAAAGCUGGGUGGUUCUGGCUUGACAUUCAAGAGUACUGGUUUCUGAGAAGAAUACAAAAAAGGGACUUAUGUUCUUAUUCCUAUGCGUUCUGUUGUUUGUUGAGUGAGAUGUACAAUAGUAGAACUGAAUCGUGUAAUCUCCUCUGCUUUCCUUUCAGCUGUAGAGUUUGGAAACCAAAUGACCUUGUCAUAUCAAUCGAUAAUUGGUUAAUAUUCCUUGAAGACC